GCACUACCAGCCACUCUGCGGCGAACCAGGGUUCCAAAAAAGGAUACCUCCCCAGCACCUGAUUUACAAGGGCUUCCUCUGACUCAGCUGAUCAAGGUAUGCUUUAACUAGAAUGGCUAUGCAAUUGGCCAUGCGUUGCCAACCAACCUGCCGGCCAGCGGCUCCAAAAGAGAACUGCCAAAAUGGAAACGGCCGACUGGGCUUCAAAGCCCCACAACCCGGUUCUAAUUGCUGAGGCCCUUAUGGUACAUCAAUUACCGGAACCAGUCAGUCAACCUUACCUUUGCCACCAAUGGCCAUGAAGGCGGUGCUUGCACUGUCGCCCUGCCUGGGUGCGGCCUGGGACGCUCAGCCCACGCGCUACGCUGAUGCGGAGUGUAGCCAGCUUAUCGGCACGGAGGUGAAUUGGACCAAAGCGGGAAAUGGGACGAACUGUUUCCAUUGGCAGGGAGGCGUCUCCAGGAGGAACCUGCAGCUCGAGUGCAAUGCCCAGGAAACCGGGCAGAUGCUCUUCAGCAUCCAUGAGGGCGAAAACUGCAGUGGCGCUGUGGUGGAGACUGUGCCAUUCCUGGAUUUAGACACUCAGAGCAUGCUGGAGUACUUUGCAGGGAAGUGCACCUGGAUCCCCGAUGGCGAGUCCUAUGGGCUCAUGGCGCAGGCAGACGGAUUGGACUUAAUGAGCUGCUACAGCUCCUGCCUGCCGGCGAACUCCAAGGUGUGCCAGACGGAUAUCUCGGAGGCUUCCCUCUUUGAGCUCGGCUCCGACCCUCUGGAGCAAAGGAACUUGGCCUGGCAGAAGCCCCGAAAAGUGGCGGAGCUGAGGGCCGAGAUGGAUGCCAAGUUCAAGGAACAGCAGGCGUUGCCGACCUUUGGGGAUCCCGGGGUUCCACAGGACGCGCAGGACAUGAUGGCCAGGUGGGGUGGCUUGGGCCCAUACAAGGAGUGGCAAGAGUGCGGGAGCAAGGACUGCAAACCGCCGAAGAAGAGCUGGAGAAUUCGCUCGGGCGCCACCAGGAAAGAAAAGGCGCCGCAUAUAAUUUUCUUCAUGGCAGAUGACUGGGGCGUCAACGACAUCGGCUUCAACUCUACUCACCUCAGCUUUGCCACGCCCACGAUGGAUGCCAUGAAGGCAGGGGGAAUUCACCUCAAGAACUACUACGGUGCCUCGUCCUGCUCGCCCGCCCGAGCCACCUUCCUCACGGGCCGCUACACUCACCGCACUGGAUUCCACAAGGCGCCGCCGCACCCCAUCCUGAACACCAAGUACAGCACGAUCGCUGACGAGUUCAAGGCCCUCGGGUACCACACGGUCGGACUCGGGAAAUGGCAUAUGGGCUUUGAGAAUUGGACAUACCAUCCCUUGUGGCGCGGCUUCGACGACUACUAUGGCUUUUGGUCCGGCUACAUAGGCUUCUGGGACUAUGAAUCGAUCAUCGUGAAGGACAACAAGAGCAUCCCGGACAUGUUUGACAACUUGGAGCCUGCCGCUGAAGCUAAAAGUCGAAAGUGGGCCCCAACGCUCUUGAAGGAGAAGGCUCGCAUGCACAUUCUGAACCAUGCGGCGAACUACGACACACCCCUCUUCAUGUACUACGCGAUGCAUUCCAUGCACAAUGAUGGCCACGGCUUUGACGCCCCAGAGUCUUACCAGGCGAUGUGCAAGGUGAAGAACCAGACAGAUGGCUAUGAGGGCGAUAAGGACCUCAUGGUCAAAUACUGCGCCGGGCUCAUCGCUAUGGAUGAAGCCAUUGACGAUGUCUUUAGAGCUUUACAAGAGACCAAGAUGUUCUCGAACUCGGUGGUCGUUCUGAGUGGUGACAACGGGGGGCGCGUCCACUACCCCGAGCGCUACGAAGCCCAGUUCCGGAAGAAGUACGCCCACGUGCCAAGUUUGCUCGGAAUGAUGCAGCUGUCCCCCUUCGGUUCCUCUUAUCCUUACCGGGGCGGCAAAUUUGACCAGUCUGAAGGUGGUUACAGGAUCCCAGGUCUCAUUUACAGCCCUUUGCUGCCGGACAGUGCCAAGGGGACCACCUACGCGGGCCUGUUCCACAUGGCCGACUGGUUGCCCACUUUGUACGGCUUGGCGGCUGAGGGUUAUGGCGCAAUGGACGCUUUGGAUGGACUUUCUUUGGAUGGCUACGACAUGUGGUCUGCUCUGACCGCUGGUGGUGAUCCUCGCCAAUUUGUUUGCCUACAGUACCCAAAUGCAUACCUCAAGAAGGAGACACUUCAUGGCGAGACCAAGAUCUGGAAGGUGAUCUUUGGGGAGGUGAGCAAAAUCGAAGGCGCGGAGAAGCCCAUCGUCUUCUUCGAGCCGGGGGAGAGCUGGGUGAACUCAACCUGCCUCAGGUCAACGCAUCUUGGCCGCGGAAUCUUGACGCUGAUCAGUCGAUGACAAGGUUCAUAUCACUGGUGCUGCUGGUGGGGUUGCUGGUUUGACAUUUUGCAAGUCCUAUAAGCAGUGGUCAGCGCAGCUGAUAGCGUAUUAUUUCGCAAAAGGUCAUUCUCACCAUUUUGGUGGAACCAAAUUAUGAUCCUCAAUGCGCGGGUGCUCGUUUCUUUUUAAAGCUCGCCCGCCCACCAUGGCGGGGGGUUUGUUUCACAGAUCACGUGCUUUGACUGAUCUCCCUUUCUUGUUGUAUAGAAAAAAAUUGUCAUCAAAUAUAACGAAUAAAUUGG